ACCUUAUAGUAGGGAAUUGUUAUUUCUUUAACAUAGUCUAAGUUUAUGAAUUUUCCCUGCAAUGUCUUUGGAAUCUGCUAGUGUUUCAGUUAUCUCAAAAUGUGCACAACUAUCAGGUUCAAAUGUUCAUCAGAACUCUUCAGGAAAUCGAGAGGCGUGUCAGCAGAAUCGAACAACCAGGAUUCAGGAUUUACCCGAAAGAGAUCUUCUACCGCAAAUCUUCAGCUACCUGCCUUUCCCGGAUCGUCUCCGAGUAACCCUCGUAUGCCACCGGUGGAACUCUCUCAUCUGGAACAUCAACAGCUUCCGGCAGAGAACGUGGCUUACACUUCGUGUCAAAACGCUUGAUUUCCUAACAGAUUCCAUCAAACAACUCGCCGAGUCCAACCGCCACUACUCCCGCCUCCAAAUCAAAUUCAUCGCGCGACAUGACCUUCUUGAGACCUCCUCUCUCCACCCGGGACUGCUAACCGCGAUGACCCACCUUCGCCACGUGGAGAUCUGCUACGACACGCCGUGCGUCGAGGAAGAUUGGGACGUGGUCAACUACCGGCUGCUCAAGGGUUGCGACUGGUUGGAGAGUUUGUCGCUGGAGUUUUCGCUGCUGGCGUCGAUUCCGGACGUGGCCGGACGAGGUGAGAGCACGAAUCGAGCGGUGAAAGCGUUGAUUGAGAGGAAAAAGAACGUCGAAGUCGAUCGGGAUGCGAUCGAUCCGAUUCGGCACUGCCGGAUGCGGUCGCUGACCACGCUGCGCGUGCAUCCUCCAACGGCCAUGCUUUUUCAAAAUGAGUCCAAGUGGGUUUAUCCUGGUCCUGCCUAUUGCUACCGAAAUUUGACAAGCUUGGAGAUCUACAUAACUCUGGACUAUCAAGCGGAUCUCGUGUACCAACUGAGACACCAACUGCGAUCGCUGAAUCUGCUUCAAGUCUUCCCAGAACGUUCCGUAGAUCGAAUAAAACGAAUGGACUUCCCGCUGUUGGAACGACUAACCCUCAACUGCCACAACGUGGAAGACAUGAACCUGGUUGACAACAUUCCACGGCUCAAGUAUUUCGACCCGUCACGAUCAGCAAUCUCAACUCAGGGAAUCACCAAGGUAGCACGGACCUACCCGGACCUUCUAGAAUUCGGAGUCCAGCUAGACGGUCUACAGGAGAACGACCUUCUGCCACUGCUCAACAUGACCAAGCUGACCGUACUAACUCUACGCAUGUCAACCCAUGGAAUACCACUGCUCGACUACUUCCAAAACGCCAGCAAGUCUCAGACGUUCAAACAUCUCACCAAACUCACCCUGCAGGAUUGCAAACUGUCCGGAUCAAACCCGCUGUACUCAAUCCCGCAAGUUAUGCCCAACCUCAAAUCCCUGGCCUUACGAAGCUGCCACACCAACAUGUGCUUCCUGGAAGAACUUCCAACGAUCCUCCCGUGCCUAACCCAACUCAAGCUGGUUCAUCUAGAAUUGCUGAACGUCACUGCCUUCCGUCCGAACGGUUCCACGGUCAUACUGCCACGGGCUCUCAUGUACGGAGAAGCUUGGAGAGUGGCUUCCGGUUGCUGGACGCAGCGAGUGCUGGUGCGUGACGUCAGAGCUGGUACGGUCAUGAAUGGAUUGCUGUUCCGAAGGUUGUACAAGAAUAGUCCGUCGGGAGCGUACCGGAUCGUGGAUGCAACCGGAGAGGGAGGGAAUGAUUUGUGGCGCUGAGGUAAAGUAGAUCUUAAUGGCGUUAAUUUAUUUAUUUUUCGUAUUAAACCCCUAGCACUGAAAAUGUAAGUUAGCUUUUGAAAUAAUGCUAGCAAUGUUAUGAAUUUUCAUCAGUUUUUCAUUAAAAAA